GUAUCUUUACGCACGGCCGCCCACGGCCGACCAUGUGUGUUGCACGGUUUUUGUACCACGCCUCCGUCCUCCGCGCGUUGAAUCCUGGCGGCACGCCGUGGGGGCUAGCGGGGGGGGUUUUGGCACAGAGCAUUUGAGCUUGAGUUUCAUCGCCGUAACGACGUUAAAUACCACUGACGCAAUUUUCGGCGUCCAUCUUCAUCCGCGUGCCGCCGCGCAUAAGUCUGAGGGACCAAGUCGUACGCGUGAACUCGCCAAGAGUGUUCUAAGCACCAGCCAUUGAUUUGCGCCGCCGUCGCAGGCACGUGAAUUCGACAUGUCAGAAGACGCACCGCUACUGACCGCCUCUAGUCGCCGCCGCGGUGGCGCCGUCCUCGCCGCCGUGGUUCUGGCGCUGGCGGGCGGGCUCGCGUUCGCCGUGGCCAACAGAUCCGACACGACCACGAGCCUUUCGGACGUCACUGCCGUACACGGAGAUGCGUAUGCUCAGGCCCUGCCCGCCAGCACGUCCCAGGACGUGACGAAGGCCAAGGGAACCUCCACAAAAUACCGCCCGGAACAAAUUUUUUCUCUGUCUCAACAUGCAGUCGAGCCGCCCGGGGACAAGAUGAUGCAACUCAACAGCGGUUUGCAUGGCAAGGUCGGUAGCAUCGAGAAAUGGUGCGGCGCGGCGUCCCGUAGAACUAUCGUCGCGUCGGCGGCGCGGCGACGCGGCGACGCCCCACCCGCGCAGGCUUCUCAUCGUCAUCGUAGUUUUGGGCGCCGUGUGCCUCCUCUGUUGCGUGUGCUGUAUCAUUCACGUAGGGACUUGUGGCAUCCUGUGAGGUGCACGCGGCGUUCGUCGAGCGUCCUACAAGAGGACGUCUCGAGCCUAAGAGACAAGU